UGAAGCAGUGACCAUGAAAGGUCGCACCAGGCUGGGCUGGGCCGGACACGUACAUCAAACCCGGAGGAGGGGGGGUCACAAUCGGCUUGAAGUCGGAGGACGUGACGGUAGCGACUGGGAGACCGGACGCCUUCACUCAAAAAAAAACCCAACACGGAGACGUGACAGCGCGCGUCCACGUCACGGAGACACGGUGUCUGUGUGUUUUCAACCCAUGUUUUUCUCCUAACCGUCUGUCGCCACCAUGACAGAGGAAGAAACAAUUAAUGUGAAGGAGGUGGAGAUCAUCAAGGUGAUCUUGGACUUCCUCCACUCCAGAAAGCUGCACAUCAGCAUGCUGGCUCUGGAAAAGGAGAGCGGCAUUAUCAACGGCCUCUACUCGGAUGACAUGCUCUUCCUCAGACAACUGGUGCUGGAUGGCCAGUGGGAUGAGGUCCUGCAGUUUAUUCAGCCUUUGGAGUGUAUGGAGAAGUUUGACAAAAAGAGGUUCCGUUACAUCGUCCUAAAGCAGAAGUUUCUGGAAGCUCUGUGUGUGAAUAAUGCCAUGUCUGCUGAGGAUGAGCCACAACAUUUGGAGUUCACCAUGCAGGAGGCGGUCAAGUGUCUGCACACCUUGGAGGAGUUCUGCCCCUCCAAAGACGACUACAGCAAAUUGUGUCUCCUGCUCACCUUACCUCGCCUCACAAACCACGCUGAAUUUAAGGACUGGAACCCAAGCACAGCCCGGGUGCAGUGCUUCGAGGAGGCUUGCACCAUGGUGGCCGAGUUCAUCCCGGCGGAUAGGAAGCUGAGUGAGGCUGGAUUCAAAGCCAGCGGGGAUCGCCUCUUCCAGCUCCUCCUCAAAGGAGUCCUCUAUGAGUGCUGUGUGGAGUUCUGCCAGAGCAAGGCAACGGGUGAAGAGAUCACGGAGAGCGAGGUCCUGCUGGGCGUGGACAUGCUGUGCGGCAACGGCUGCGAUGACGUGGAUUUGUCUCUGCUGUCCUGGAUGCAGAACCUGGCCCACAGCGUCUUCUCCUGCGCCUUCGAACAGAAGCAGCUCAACAUCCACGUGGACCGUCUGGUCAAACCGGCCAAGACCGGCUACGCCGACCUGCUCACUCCUCUCAUCAGCAAACUGUCCCCGUAUCCGUCCUCGCCGCUGCGGCGGCCCCAGUCCGCCGACACCUACAUGUCGCGGUCUUUGAAUCCGGCUCUGGAUGGGUUGUCCUACGGGCUGUCCAACCAGGAUAAGCGAACGGGUGGUGGCGAGGCCGCACUGGGUAAAGGCGUCUCCCCAAUGUCUCACUCCUUUGCCAACUUCCACUACCCUGGCGCGGGUGGACAGAACCUCAGCAAGAGCCUCUUGAUGGAGAGCUCCGACUGCCACAGCAUUUUUGAGGAAUCGCCAGAGACGUCGAGGACCGACUCACCUUUGGACAAAAUAAUGGGUUCGAGCGUUACUCAGAACUCGCGCCCCGCAUCGGCUCCUGGAGAGGAUGCGCCACCAGCUGGUUCUGCUGAAAAGAAUGAGCUCUGGGACUCCUCCGAGAAGUACGAGGAGUAUUACCGUCAGCGCCUACGUGUGCAACAGCACCUGGAGCAGACGCAGCAGCAGAGGCAGAUGUACAAGCAGAUGUUGUUGGAAGGCGGCGUGCAGCAGGAGCCUCCACCCAGUGACUUGCAGCACAGCCUCACGGAAAAGUUCCUCAACAGGUCCAUCCAGAAGCUGGAGGAGCUCAACGUGGGGAUGGAGGGUUUAGGAGAUGAGGUGAAAUCUUUGGCCCAACAGUGCAACGGCAACGCACCUCCCUCCGAGUGCAACAACAACCCCGCCUCCUCCGGCCUGCAGCACAACCAGAGCGGUGGCGGCGGCGAUGGCGGCCUGCUGUGCAGCACACCGCAGCGCGUUGCGGGAGGCCGUCCCGUCUCGCCCCUAAAUGAAUCCCCCAUCAUCCAAAACAGCGGGCAGAAUCACAAAGCAAGUCCACAUGGUGACUCACCGGGCUCAUUAUCCCGCAGCAAAGAGGGUAGCGACAAAGAAAAAAGACUGUUUGUGCCCGUGCAUACUCUCGAGGACACUCAGGCUGUCCGUGCCGUUUCCUUCCACCCGUCUGGGACCCUCUACGCUGUUGGCUCCAACUCCAAAACACUCCGCGUCUGUGCCUAUCCAGAAACACGUGACACCAGCGACUCGAGUCCAGCCACGGAGCCGGUAGUCCGCUUCAAAAGGAACAAACACCACAAAGGUUCGAUUUACUGCGUGGCCUGGAGCCACUGUGGGCAGCUGCUGGCGACCGGCUCCAACGACAAAUAUGUCAAAGUUCUACCGUUCAGUGCGGAGACUUGCAAUGCCACAGGCCCGGACUUGGAGUUCAGCAUGCACGACGGCACCAUCAGGGACUUGGCCUUCAUGGAGGGCCCAGAAAGCGGAGGGGCCAUUUUAAUCAGCGCCGGAGCGGGAGACUGCAACAUUUACACCACCGACUGCCAGCGAGGGCAAGGCCUGCACGCCCUCAGCGGACACACGGGUCACAUCCUGUCUCUUUACACGUGGGGGGGCUGGAUGAUCGCAUCCGGCUCCCAAGACAAGACGGUGCGUUUCUGGGACCUCAGGGUGCCCACCUGCGUGCGAGUGGUGGGCACAGCCUUCCACGGCUCAGGCAGCCCCGUGGCCUCGGUGGCGGUGGACCCGAGCGGCCGUCUGCUGGCGACGGGACAAGAGGACAGCGCUUGCAUGCUCUACGACAUUCGAGGCGGGCGCAUCGUGCAGGUGUACCGCCCGCACGGCAGCGACGUGCGCUCGGUCCGCUUCUCUCCCGGCGCGCACUACCUGCUCACUGGCUCUUAUGACACCAAAGUCAUGGUCACCAACCUUCAAGGUGACUUGACUAAACAGCUGCCUGUGACGGUGGUGGGGGAGCACGGCGACAAGGUGAUCCAGUGUCGCUGGCACACCGAGGACCUCUCCUUCCUGUCGUCGUCUGCCGACCGCACCGUCACGCUGUGGACUCACAACCCGUAAUGCGGUCUCUCACACACAAACACACACACACACAGCACAGCGUUUCAUCUGAAAGACACACACAUGCACACGCACACCCUCACGAUGACAGUUGGCGGCGUAGGGAUUCUUGAUGAUCAUAAACUAGCAACACCGCAGAGGCACAUGCUGCACAUAGUCACACUGUUGAAAUUUAUUUGCUAUCCGGUACGGGGUCCAUGUACUAGGAUGUGCUUUAUUCUAACUACUAAGGCAGUUCAGCACACAAGUUGAGCUAGUUCUGUUUUUCCACUUUUGGCCUACUAGUUCGGAAUUAAACCUUAUAAGUAAACUAGUAUACUGCACUUGUCACACUACCAGGCCCAACUGUAGCCUCCUGCAUCCUACUAGUGGCACUAGUACAUCUGACAUGUAGUUGUCCCAAUAGUAAGCACCGAGUGGAUUUCAAAUAUAUUAGUACUAUUUUUUUCACUACUCCCUUCCACGACUGUUUUUUUUUUUUUUUGCACACUAGUAGGACAAGAUAGUAAUACUGUACUAGUGGGAUAACUACUUGUUACUAGUGAGGCAAAAUUACUUUUGGUGUUACUAGUUGGGUUUAGGAGGCUACUAGUGCAUGACACAUGCCUACGAGUUAGGCCUGGUAUUGUUACUCGUGCAGCACAGUAGCUUACUAUUGAGAUUUAGUAGUGUUAACUGCUCCAACGGCUUUGCAUACUGGAAGCGUGCAGAUGUCAACUAGUGGACACUUUUGGCUCACUAGUAGCGUAGUUCAUCACUGUGGUGACACACGAGGCUGCAUGACGGGAACGAAGCUCUUUUUCAUGAUGGUGCCUUUCUUGAGUUCUCAAAUGAACACAGACCAGAUCAAAUUCCACAUUUUUGCCAACCCAUUUGCUCCAGCUGCUGUUGUGUUUGAUUUAUUUAUGUAUUAUUUCCCUUCGGAAAACUGGAAUUUUCUCAUGUGAAAUUGUAAUCGUAACGGCGUGUCAAAUAGCAAGCCUGUGGCAGCUUUUACAGUCUCUGCUGUUGCUUCCCCUCAUGCCGACGUUCAAUUUACCCACCGGAGUACAAACCCAAAUGUGUAUAUCCGUUGUUAUUAAAUUGAGCAAUCAGUAUUUUAUUUUUAUGCAGGAGCCGCUGUAAACAAUGAACAGUUGUUAUUGAGCCAGUUUCCAAAGGGAAUAGAAGGCUCCAUUUGUAGUUGAGCAGAUGUUUUUGGUCAUUUGUUGGUUCUUUUUUAAAUGCUGCUGUACUGAGGUCACACCGGUAGGGGGCAGUCGAUACUCUUACUAAUUUUUUUUUUGCACAGUACAUAGGAACGUUAAUAUUUAUUGGAAGCCAGUAUUUGGGACAGAUAGACUGUGUUCACUUCUUGAAAUUUAAUGCACUUUGCUGUCUAAUGCUAAUUUAUUUUUGUUUUUAAACGCUAAUGUCUUUUAAUAAAUAACACCAAACUAAUACGUACAUGCAUAUUUAUUUCAGUUGUGAUUAUGUACAAUUAUGUAAUGAAAUGCUAGUGGCCAAUGUAUUGAGCCUGUCUUGUUUUCUAAAGGAAAAAAAAGUAAUUUAAUGCAAGCCAACAAAUUGAUGUUACGUUCAUUAAAGUGUCUUUUAAUCAAG